AUGGCGCCAAACAAAAUUAUCAUAGAUACGGACCCUGGCGUUGACGAUGUCAUUGCUAUGCUUCUUGCCUUUUCCGCGAAGCCUGAAGAGUUGGAUAUCCUUAUGCUGAGUUUGACGUUCGGAAAUGUUGACGUUCAGAGCUGCCUGAGAAACGUGGUCACGCUGUUCCACUACAUCGGAAAAGAAAGAGCAUGGAGGGAAAGUCAAGGCAGACCAAAAGGAUUCGAAACACUAGAUGUGCGCAAACCCAUCGUCGCUGUGGGCGCUACCGAGCCUCUGGCUGAGCACAUGAUGGUCGCAGACUUUUUCCAUGGAGUUGAUGGUCUUGGUGGUGUUCACAACAGCCACCCUCAUCUUACUCCGGCUGAGACGUGGAAGUCUCUUUUCAAGCCUACUCCAGAAAGUUUGUCGCCUGAAGAUGCGGCUGAGCUACAAGCCGUCAGGGAUCAACAUUCGCUUUUCGAACCUUCUUUGAAGCCAGCUCAUGAGCAGAUGCUUGAGCUGCUGAGAGACAAUGAGCCAGACACAAUCACUGUCGUGGCUGUUGGCCCUCUUACAAAUCUUGCUCUGGCAGCGGCUAAGGACCCUGAGACCUUCCUGAGAGUGAAAGAAGUCGUUGUCAUGGGCGGUGCAAUUGAUGCACCCGGAAACUCCCCGCCUCUGGCCCGCUUGUAUUCGCCAGAGGUCAUGAACAUACCUGUCCCGAACUUCGGUCUCACAAAGCAACCGGAUACUCCUUUGCGCAGAAAGCUGAACGAAAGAAACCAGAUGACGCCAGGAGCCGAGUUCAACACGUAUGCAGACAGUGUAGCUAGCGCUCGUGUCUUUGCGUUGACGAAUCCCAACCCAAGAACGACCAUGCCUCCGGCACUGCGCGGGAAAGGCCAGCUACCGCCAUACCCUGAGAAGCUGUCACGGCAGCUGAAGUUGAAGCUGUUCCCACUUGACACAACGGAGCAGCACAUGCUUCCGCAGUCACUGUACACUAAACACACUACCUCAGAGCCCCUGAUCAACUCUCCCCUUGCAGACUGGUCGACCCUCUUCCUCCUGACCACCUUCAAGAAACUCCUCUCCCUCAACCCCAACCAAGAUGCUUCAAAGCUCGGCCUGCAGCUGCACGACCCGCUGUGCAUAUGGUACGCGCUCUCGCCCUCGCACCCAGGCUGGCAGUUCAAGACCGAGGAUGUCAGAGUGGAGACGGCGGGUCAGUGGACUAGGGGAUGCUGUAUUGUUGAUCGUCGGGGCAGGCCGGUGACGGAGAGGAAGGGUGAGUUGGAUGAUGAGGUUGUGGGGGAUGCGGGAUGGUGGGGGGAUAUUAGGAGGGGGAAUAGGGUUAGUUGGUGUACGAAGAGCCCGGGGAUUGAGUUGUUUGCGCACGAGUUGUUGGAGAGGAUUUUUGGAAAGGUUGAGUAG